AUGAUCAACUCACAGUUUUACUGUCAGUCAUCAAAUGGUUUUUAUCCGGAUUCCAACGAUUGUGCCUACUAUUAUCUGUGUUCUGGUGGAAUACCACACCAUAUCAUGUGUCCAACUGGAACUUUAUGGGAUCAAAGUGUCCUGACGUGUAACCAUGCUUCGGUAGCAGAAUGUUACACCAGAUAUUCCUGUCCAGAACCAGAAGGUUUAUUUCCAGUAGAUGAUGAUUGUGGGAAAUAUCUCAACUGUUAUGAAAAUAUACCCUACAUUCAGGAAUGUCCAGUAGGUCUUCACUUUAACCCUGAUGCUUUACUUUGUGAUUAUCCUAUGGAAGCAAAUUGUCAAAGCAAUUACCGUAAAUAA